AUGCCGAAGUCUGAAUCAGUGAAAAGAGAAAGUAUCCCGAUAGUACCCGUGGAUAUCUUUGGCCACACUCACAGACCAUUGCUAGUAGAGGAAACGGCACUGAUGGACAAAAACAACAAGAAAUCGCCGAUCAAACGAAAAACCGCCAACGCAGAUGAUCCCGUUCCAUUCGAAGCGCUUCCCGUCGACUUGAAAAUUCAGCAAAUCAUUUACCACCUGCUCAUUCAGGGUUAUGAACUAUUUCCGUACUUUUUGUACAAAGCGGUUUGGGAUGAUGACUUUGACCCAAUUCAAUGGGGAGAUCACAUGCAUGGAGAGACAAUCGUUGUCAAUUUUCACAUGCUCUUCCAGCUGGCUCAAGGAUGCAGAGUCGCAGGAAAAGAAGUCGGCCGAGCUCCCGAGUACGUCGACAACUACGGCCCAGGCGAUGACAUGAACAACCGACUCCAGCACAAUCUCGUCAACAUCUUUGGCUUCAACGACAUCGGCGUCGGCAACGUCGAGGAUGAAAGAAAUCUCAACCAGAUCUACCAAACAAACCAAGCUUUCUUCUGGAAACUCGACCAGCUCUGCGAAAAAUACAACCUGGAUUCAUUUUCAUCGUGGCACGAAUUCCACCACGCCGAUUUCUUCAAGAAUGACAACCCAAAAAUCGAAGAUCGCCACCGCCCGAAGCGAAAGAACUCCAAGUUCUUCAAAAUCUGCCAGACGCUCAAGACCGACUAUCGCGUUCGAAAGCAAGGGCUAGAAACGAGUGGCUGGGCUGUGGAGCAAGCAAGGCCCUACCGAGGACGACAGAUCAAGGCGGAACACAAGCCGAAUCCAUAUCGAACCGAGCAGUCAGGUUCGAUGAUGAUGCCCAUGGAUGUCGUCCCAAUUGCAUACGGAUAG